AUGGAGUCGGGUGUCUUCAGCGACUCUGCGGUUACGCAGACAGGAAAUCUAGGCGACUGGUUUUUCUUAGGAGAGGAGAGCAGCAGCAGCAGCAGCAGCAGCGGCAGCAGCAGCAGCAGCAGCAACAGCAGCAGCAGCAGCAGCAGUUAUUCAGAAGACCCCUACUUUUUUCGAUAUCGUCAUGAUAGCUGGAUGGACGAUGAUGCAGAUUUUCUUACAACUAAGACAACUGAGGCAGCAGCAGCAGCAGCAGCAGCAGCAGCAGCAGCAGAAGCAACAGCAACAAGCGAACUUGGUGUUGAUGACAGAGGGAAGAAGCAGCGGCGACACCGCAGCAGCAAAGCCGCUCCGACUGUCAAGUUUUUGCUGCGAGCAUUGGGUGUUGUGCUGCUGAUGCAGGUGCUGCUGCAUGCAGCUUUAAGUGGGGUCUUCGGCAGGAAGCAGCAGCAGCAGCAGCUCUCUCAGCAGCAGCAGCAGCAGCAGCAAGAAGAGCAGCUGCUCUCCCCUACCUACCCACACCAUCGUGAAGCCCGGGAGCAGCAGCAGCAGCAGCAGCAGUACGAGGAGGAUGAUGAUGAAGAGACAGAUGAAGAGACAGAAGAAGAGACAGAAGAAGAGACAGAAGACGCAGUUAGCAGCAACUACGAAGCAAUAACACGCUUCUUUUCUUCACAAGUUCGUAGAGAUUCGUCUGCUUGGCGGGUUGCAUGCAACGGGGCUUUUGAUGCUCUCAGCAGAUUCCCAGGGGGGGCCCCAGUUAAUAGUGUGGGGUCUGAUGGUUUGCUGCAGCAGGGUAUACGUAACAGCAGCAGCAGCAGCAGCAAGAGCAGCAAGAACAGCAGCAGCAGCAGCAGGGGGGGAGCGAGUAAUUUAAGUGCUGCAGCAUAUUCCGAAGCAGUUAGGCAGCUAAAUAAGAUGAAGACAGUGCUGUUUAUAGGCGAGGAUUUUAAUUUUGAUAUGAGCAACAAACUGGAUACGCAUGUGCUGCAGCAGCAGCAGCGCAGACACCCUAUCCCGCUCGGUGGGCCGAAGGCGAAGCCGGCAGCAGCAAAUGAAGAAGCGCUGCUGCUGGAGGAUGAAGACAGAGACAGGAAGGUUAAAAUACAGCUUCCCUAA